UUGGCUGUCUAAUAAUGAAGCUGCUGCAGGCUUCAGCAACGACAUUUUUCUCCGCCUUCAGGAAAAGGUGGAGAGAGGGGAACAGGCCUACUGCUACUGUGCCCUGAUGGUACAAGACAUGUCCCUGCAGAAGAAGCAGGAGUGGGACUCACAGACCCAGCGCCUGACAGGCUUUGUUGACUUGGGAACAGGCGUCCUUGAUGCUGAUGAAGCUCCACUGGCCUCAGAAGCGAUAAUCCUCAUGGCAGUUGGCAUCGCAAGUCCCUGGACAGCUCCACUUGGCUACUUCUUUGUGAACAGCACGACCGGCCAGUUACUUGCUCAGCUGCUUCGUCAGACCAUCAAUAAGCUGAACAACAUUGGCAUCAGAGUGCUGUCUGUGACAUCAGGCACGACUGCUCGUGGUGCUGAGACUGCCAGAGCUCUGGGGAUCAGGAUAGAUCCUGAAAGGAUUCAGUGCACUUUCCAACAUCCGCCUGGCUCUGCUCACAGCAUCACAUACUUGUUUGACAUUUGCCAUGCACUCCAGCUGAUAAGGAAUGCUCUGCAGUGCUUCCAGAACAUAGGGUGUCUCAGUGACACCGUGCGGUGGCAGCAUGUGGUGGAGCUGGCGGCUUUGCAGGAGCAGAGAGUAUUAGAGCUAUGCAGUCCCAAGUCAGGCAGACCUGGGAAUGAGGAGAGUUACCACUUAAAGGUCAACCUUGCCACUCUGUUGUUCAGUGAGGGUGUUGCUGAUGCACUGGAACACCUCCAGAAGCUGGGCCUGGCCUCAUUCCAGAACUGCAGUGGUACUGUCAAGUUUGUGCGUUUGAUGAGCCAUCUAUGCGACAUAUUUCAUGGCAGAGGUCCCUAUAGAAGGGGACUGAAGGGGCCUUUGGCAGCUGGAAAUUACAUCAAAAUAAGCCACCUCUUUAAUGAGGCCAAGAACUUCUUUGUCACCUUAACAGACUCUAUGGGGAGAUGCAUUAUUAAAAGCAAACGCAGACUAGGAUUUCUGAGUUUCUUGCUCAAUGCUGAAAGCCUCAAGUGGCUUUACACCAACUAUGUGUGUCCAGAAGACACUCCUUCGCACCACCUCCUGACUUACACCUUUAGCCUUGACCCGCUGGAGCUGUUUCUCAGGGCCCUCCAGCAAGCCUGUGGCAGCAGCGGGAGCCCCACCUGCACUAUGUUCCAGGCUGCAUAUCACAAACUGCUGGCCAGCUGCAGCCUG